ACGGCGGAACUGAACCCUUGAUAAAUGCUAGGCACGACGGAUCGUUCGGCUCAAGCCCCAGCAUCAUAGCUUGUACAGAGCUCAUCAACCUGUUCAGUAGCCCUUCCGUUCUAGAAGUCGAUCUCAUCUGAAAAUCAACACUCUCCACUCUGCUACCAUUUUCCAGAGCGAUGGAUUCGGCGCAAGACAGAGCCAAGAAUUGCGCGGGCAAGCUCUUCGGCGCGAGGUCCAAGCCCGGUGCUGCACAUGAGAGUGGAAGCGACAGCACACCACGAAGGCCAGCUUUCUUACACAUAUCCACAGAACCGGCAACUACAGCGAGAAUUACGGACGUAACGAGCACAAACCCCAGUUUGGAGGAUAUCCACGCGAUGACAACCGCUAGUCUGGAGCCCUACGUGAUCGUCGGUAGCGAGGACGACGACGCAGGGAUCCAAGAGAUCCUCAAACGGAGCUCUUUGAGGGCCAGGGACAAGCCGUCACCAGAAGACUCGGAACAACGAGGCCACUGCCAACAGCCCCUUUCACGGCUUCUUCACUCUUUUCUGGAUGGCUGUGUUCCUGGCCAUGGUCAAGAUGGCGGUCGAGAACUGGAAGGCGUACGGCAGCCCGCUGGGCCGGAACGAGAUCAUGUCGUCCAUGUUCCGCCGCGACGUUGCGGUCCUGCUGGCCGCAGACGCCAUGAUGUGCGCGCUGACGGGCGUGUGCUGGUUACUGCAGCGCGCCGUCCUCGCCGGCCACCUGAGCUGGGACAGGUCCGGCUGGAUAAUCCAGAACGUCUGGCAGAUGCUGUUCAUCGCCGGCGUUGUGGGCCUGACGCUGGUCCGCGACUGGCCGUGGUCACACACCGUCUUCUUCGUCAUGCACGGCAUCGUCAUGCUCAUGAAGCAGCACUCUUACGCCUUUUAUAACGGCCAUCUUUCGACGGCGUACAAGAACCGGGCGGACCUGAUCUCGAGGCUCGGGUGGCUCGCAAAAACCGCCCCAGCUCGGUCACCUUCCAAUACCCAGCCUCCAGCAACAGCCGUGUCGACUUCGCACUUGGCCAGCACGCCAUCCGCGCACAACCUGAUGAAGCGUCGAUCCUCGUUGACGCCGCGCCCAUCCGAGAUAGUCACGGACAGGCCAUCGACUGGGGAAGACAAGCGCGGCGAGUGCGACAUCGACAAGAUUGCCGAGGCCAUCAAGAACAAGGAGCCGAUGGACGCAGACCAGGUCGCCGUGUUCGAAAAGGUCCUGCGGUGGGAGGUCGACGCGCUUACAGAAGAGCUAAAGGGCAAGGCCACGGCACCUGAACGAGCAUACCCGAACAAUCUUACCCUCUGGAACCAGUGCGAGUAUAACCUGCUGCCGACGCUGGUCUACGAACUAGAGUACCCGCGAUCCCACUCUGUAAGCUGGGCAUACGUGGCGGAAAAGAUAGCCGCGACGGUCGGUAUCAUAUUUGCCAUGAUCAUGAUUUCCCAGAGCUCCAUCUAUCCGGUCGUUAUGAAGACAAUCGAGAUGAAGGAGACAGGGGUUCCGCUGCCCGAGCGGUUCCGGUUCUUUCCCUGGAUGUUGAGCGAGCUGUUAUUCCCCUUUAUGCUCGAGUACCUCUUGGUUUGGUACCUGAUCUGGGAGACCAUUCUGAAUGGCCUUGGCGAGGCAUGUCGCUUUGCAGACAGGAGCUUUUACGGCGCGUGGUGGAACAGCGUUUCGUGGGAUCAGUUUGCCCGAGACUGGAACCGGCCGGUACACAACUUCCUAUUGCGGCAUGUCUAUCACAGUUCCAUUUCAGCUUUGAAGGUCAACAAGCACACGGCAACCUUCAUAACCUUCUUCCUGUCCGCCCUGGUCCAUGAGCUGGUCAUGUGGUGCAUAUUCAAGAAGCUCAGGGGUUAUCUUCUAGUUCUUCAAAUGUGUCAAGUUCCACUAAUGGCCCUGAGCAGAACAAGAUGGCUACGAGACAAGGCUACGUUGGGAAAUAUGGUGUUCUGGUUUGGGAUUUUUAUAUGCCCGAGCGUGCUUUGCAGCCUGUACUUGAUCCUGUAGCCCCAACAACGGGGAGGUGAAGGCAAAACGACAUGGCGCGCAAGCCACGAACCAACUUCAUUCACUUGCUGUUUGGUCACGCGCAGCUCGGGGAGAUGGUGUCAAGAAAAGAGCCAGAACAAGGAUAUUCAAGGUCAUGGACGGAGCUGAGCUGAUCCCUCCCUUGCAGUGAAUAUCCGGGGUCUGUCUCUUCUUGAAUGCCCGCCCGCCCAGGAGCUACCUAAGCUUGGGACGCCUCCACAUCCGCACAGCGCUGAUGACGUGAGUCGACUAGGUUUAGCCGCGCGGUCCCACACACCAGUCCGCUUUGAGGCAGAACGCUAGCACAAAAAGAGGAAAGGCACAGGCUGCAGCCGGGACCACUUCCCAAAUUCCACCUUCACCACGACAACUGGUCUGGUGGCCCGACUUUCCCUUCUUU